CAUAAACUUGUUUUUCCCCAAUCAUCAUCUCCACGGGAUCCAAAACCCUAGAAGAUCUCUCCCGAGUUAUCUUCAACCUUUCGCAUUGGGCUUCUGAUAUCAGUCUGGUUAUCUCCGGCGUUAGUUUUCCGGUCAGGCUCCAAAUAAUCGAAGAUGGCUGCUCCAGGAACUGGAAACAAAUCUUUAAAAGAUUACUUGAAGAAGUAUGAGAGUAGUGAUGUUGUAGAAAAGAAGAAGAAGAAGAAGCAGAAAAAGCCAUCUAAACCUGAACCAAAAGGUGUUUUAGUUGUCGACGAAGAUCCAGUUUGGCAAAAGCCGGUUGAUCCUGAAGAGGACGAAAACGAAAAUGAUUCAGCAGAGGAAAGACCUUUGGUUGACGAAGACAUUGAUGUUAAGAGAAUGAGGAGGUUGGAGGAAAUUAAGGCAAGGCGUGCACAUAAUGCCAUUGCUGAGGAUGGGAGUGGGUGGGUGACGUUACCUCUAAACCGUGAAGACACACAAUCUGAUAUUUCUCCUCCACGUAGACAAAGAACUCGUAAUGACUCGCCCUCUCCUGAGCCUGGGCCUAGACGUUCGGUUGCGGAUAGAGUUGAAACAGAUAUGUCACCACCACGUCGGAGGAAACGUCACAAUUCGCCUUCACCUGAACCUAACAGAAAACAUACAAAGCCUGUUAGUUUGGAUUCUGAUAUGUCACCACCUCGCAAAAGAAAAGCCAGGAAUGACUCGCCUUCACCAGAGCCUGAAGCUAAAGUCCCCAAAAAUCUGAGUGAAGAUCUAUCUCCUCCUCGUAGAAGACAUGUUCAUUCUCCAUCGCGUGAAUCUAGCAGAUACCGUUCAGAUUCUGUUGAGUUAGACGAUGAUUUAUCUCCGCCUCGCAGGAAAAGAGAUUUACAUGGUUCACCUGUCUCAGAUGUAAAAAAGAAGAGCAAUGAUCUUUCUCCUCCACGGAGAAGACGAUAUCAUUCUCCAUCACCCGAACCGGGUAGAAGGCCUUCAAAAUUCAUUGCCUCAAAUGCUGAUUUAUCUCCACCCCGCAGGAAUAUGAAUAUGAAGGGUUCUCGAGACUCAGAUCUUUCUCCUCAAAGAAAAACUGCGGAUCCUCGACGUUCUUCCAAUAUUGAUAGCUCUCCUCCAAGGAGACCACGCAGAGAAUCACCACCUCCUCAAACAAGCAAGGAGCAACGAAAGACCGGUUUGAUUAGUGGCAAAGACAUUGGAAGUGAAUAUCGAAAGAAAAAGGAGGAUGAACAAUUGAGGUUUAAAAAUAUGGAUUCCGAGCUAACUGGACAAAAUGCAGAAGCAGUAUUUCGUGACAAGAUCACAGGGAAGCGUAUAUCAAAGGAGGAAUAUCUUAAAUCGAAGCAAAAAAAAGUGAUAGAGAAGCCAAAGGAGAUAAAACUGGAAUGGGGCAAAGGUUUAGCUCAGAAGCGUGAAGCUGAAGCUAGACUACAGGAACUUGAGCUUGAGAAGGAGAAGCCAUUUGCUCGGACAAGGGAUGAUCCGGAGCUUGAUCAAAUGUUGAAGGAAAGAGUUAGAUUUGGAGAUCCAAUGGCUCAUUUGGUUAAGAAGAAGCGGCACGAGGCAACUCUUGUGGAUCUAGGAGACGACGAGGAGAUGAAAAAAUCUGGGUUCAUUAUACCACAAAGUGUGCCUAAACAUAGUUGGUUGACGAGAGGGUUGGAAGCUGCAACAAACCGUUAUGGGAUUAAACCGGGUAGACACUGGGAUGGGGUCGACCGUAGUAACGGAACUGAGAAGAAAUUGAUUAAGACGACCAAUGAGAGGAAAGCAACGGAAAUAGAGGCUUAUCUCUGGUCCGUUGCAGACAUGUGAAUCAGAUUUUGUUCUGCAAAAUGUGGUUUGAUUCAGGAGAUAAACAUUCUUAACUGUGGAAGUUUGGGUUUGUACUUGUUCUAUAUGUCCAGAGAAACCGGUCCAAAAAGCGCACUCAAGUGUUUAUUCGGGGUUGAAUACAAUCUGAAUUUCGUUGAACAUCCUUAAAAAAAAAAAA